AUGACAACCAAGGUCGUGAUUGUCACGGGCGCGAGUAAGGGCAUUGGGGCGGCCAUCGUGGAUUGGCUUCUGGGCCAGUCUCAUAAGGUCGUUGUCACGGCUCGCUCCGAGGCACCGCUUCAGGCGCUUAAGACGUCGCACCCAGGCCAAGUCGAAUUUCUUGCAGGCGACAUUACGGAUCCUAGUAUUGCAGGAAGCCUUGUUGAGCUUGCGAUCAAAUCGUUUGGCCAGCUCGACGGACUGGUUAUCAAUCACAGUCUCCUUCAAAUCAACAAGCUAGGCGGUGUCUCCCCGGAGGAAGUAAAGAGAGUGUACGAUGUCAAUGUUUUUAGCGGUAUUUUUCUGAUAAAUGCUGCGCUGGAUAAGUUGAGGAAUACCAAGGGCUCGCUUGUUUGGGUAUCAUCCGGUGCUGCCAAUAUGUCAAUUGCUGCAUGGGGUACCUACGCUUCGUCAAAAGCCGCCGUCAACGCCAUCUUGGCUCACUAUGCAGUGGAGGAGCCGGAUAUCUCUAGUAUUGCCAUCAAUCCUGGCAUAGUCGACACAGAUAUGCAAGCUACCAUCCGCGACCAGGGAAAGUCCACUAUGUCUCAGGCAGAACAUGAAAACUUUGUUGCCGUGUUCGAAGCUGGUGGGCUCUUGAAACCCGAGCAGCCAGGCUCUGUCAUAGCAAAGCUGGCUGUUGAGCCGACCAAGGAGCUCAGUGGAAAGUUUCUGAGCUGGGAUUCCCAGGAACUGCUUUCCUUCCGGUAA